AUGUUUGAGAGCCAGUCCUGGCUCUGGUGCGAAACUGCACCCGGGGAGACGGUGGCCACAGUACCUGGCCGCCCGCAGGGGGAUGGGACAGCUAAGUCCGGGAGCCUGCGAAGGAGCACCCAGCACCAGAAGCUGGCUCACUCUUCCCGCCUGGGGCCGGAAGUUGCUUUCGGGCUUGUCAACAAAGCGACCAGCCAGCUUCUGCUGGAGACCGACUGGGAGUCCAUCCUGCAGAUCUGCGACCUGAUCCGCCAGGGGGACACCCAAGCAAAAUAUGCCGUGAAUUCCAUUAAGAAGAAGGUCAAUGACAAGAACCCUCACGUGGCCCUGUAUGCUCUGGAGGUCAUGGAGUCUGUGGUGAAGAACUGUGGCCAGACGGUCCAUGAUGAGGUGGCCAACAAACAGACCAUGGAGGAGCUGAAGGAGCUGCUGAAGCGGCAGGUGGAGGUGAGCGUGCGCAACAAGAUCCUGCACCUGAUCCAGGCCUGGGCGCACGCCUUUCGCAACGAGCCCAAGUACAAGGUGGUCCAGGACACCUACCAGAUCAUGAAGGUGGAGGGACAUGUCUUCCCGGAGUUCAAGGAGAGUGACGCCAUGUUUGCUGCGGAAAGAGCCCCCGACUGGGUGGAUGCCGAGGAAUGCCACCGGUGCAGGGUGCAGUUUGGGGUGGUAACUCGCAAGCACCACUGCCGGGCGUGCGGCCAGAUCUUCUGCGGCAAGUGCUCCUCCAAGUACUCUACCAUCCCCAAGUUCGGCAUCGAGAAGGAGGUGCGCGUGUGCGAGCCCUGCUAUGAGCAGCUCAACAAGAAAGCGGAGGGAAAGGCAGCCUCCACCGCUGAGCUGCCCCCAGAGUACCUGACCAGCCCUCUGUCGCAGCAGUCCCAGCUGCCCCCCAAGAGGGAUGAGACAGCCCUGCAGGAAGAGGAGGAGCUGCAGCUGGCCUUGGCACUGUCACAGUCGGAGGCCGAGGAGAAAGAGAGGCUGAGACAGAAGUCCUCCUACACGGGGUACCCCAAGGCAGAGCCUACGCCCGUGGCCUCGUCGGCGCCCCCUGCCAGUGGCCUGUACUCCUCACCCGUGAACUCGUCUGCACCUCUGGCUGAGGACAUCGACCCCGAGCUCGCUCGGUACCUGAACCGCAACUACUGGGAGAAGAAGCAGGAGGAAGCCCGGAAGAGCCCCACGCCAUCUGCACCUGUGCCCCUCUCAGAGUCAGCCGCCCAGCCCGGGGAGGGACUUGCAGCCCCCACCAGCAUGGUGGAGACCUCCCUCUCAGAGACGGACCCUCAGCCCGUCCCCCCCACCACUGGCCCCUUCAGCGAGCAACAGUACCAGAAUGGGGAGCCGGAGGAGAGCCACGAGCAGUUCCUGAAGGCGCUGCAGAACGCGGUCACCACCUUCGUCAACCGCAUGAAGAGCAACCAUCUGCGUGGCCGCAGCAUCACCAACGACUCGGCCGUGCUCUCGCUCUUCCAGUCCAUCGACGGCAUGCACCCGCGGCUUCUGGAGCUGCUCAACCAGCUGGAUGAGCGCAGGCUGUACUAUGAGGGGCUACAGGACAAGCUGGCGCAGAUCCGUGACGCCCGGGGGGCCCUGAGUGCACUGCGCGAAGAGCACCGGGAGAAGCUCCGCCGGGCGGCCGAGGAGGCUGAGCGCCAGCGCCAGAUCCAGCUGGCCCAGAAGUUGGAAAUCAUGCGGCAGAAGAAGCAGGAGUACCUGGAGGUGCAGCGGCAGCUGGCCAUCCAGCGCCUGCAGGAGCAGGAGAAGGAGCGGCAGAUGCGCCUGGAGCAGCAGAAGCAGACCGUGCAGAUGCGUGCCCAGAUGCCCGCCUUCCCCCUGCCCUACGCCCAGCUGCAGGCCGUGCCCGCUGCCGGGGGCGUGCUGUACCAGCCAUCUGGCCCAAGCACCUUCCCAGGCACCUUCAGCCCUGCAGGCUCUGUGGAGGGCUCCCCCAUGCAUGGCGUGUACAUGAGCCCGCCGGCCCCAGCUGCUGCCAGCCCCUACCCCAGCAUGCCCGGCACCACCGCAGAUCCCAGCAUGGUGAGCGCCUACAUGUACCCCUCGGGGGCCACCGGGCCACAGACCACCCCCCAGGCCCAGGCCGGGCCCACUGCCAGCCCUGCCUACUCGUCCUACCAGCCCACUCCCACACCAGGCUACCAGAACGUGGCGUCCCAGCCCCCACAGAGCCUCCCGGCCAUGUCCCAGCCUCCACAGUCAGGCACCAUGGGCUUCGUGGGGAGCCAGGCAGUCUCCAUGGGCUACCAGCCUUACAACAUGCAGAACCUCCUGACUGCCCUCCCCAGCCAGGACGCAGCCCUGCCGCCCCAGCAGCCCUACCUCGCGGGACAGCAGCCCAUGUACCAGCAGAUGGCGCCCUCCGGCGGCCCUGCCCAGCCACAGCCCGUGGUGGCGCAGCCGUCACCCGCACAGGGACCCCCAGCGCCGGGCAGCGAAGCCCAGCUCAUCUCCUUCGACUGAGGCAGGCAGGAGCUGGCAGCCCACAGUGACACUACGACCCCUGGCUCGCCGCCCCGUCCCCUGUGCCCUCGCCUCCGCCUCCUGCCCGGCCUUCUCUGUGGCCCGCCUUCUUUCCCCAGGGCUGGCCUCGGGGAGGGAGGGGGUAGGACAUCCUCCGGGCGAAGGUGGCUGGAGGGGCAGCCCCGCGCAGGCGUGGCCUGCACAGUGGAGGGCGCGCCUGCAUCUCCAGCUUCUCCGCUUCCGAUCUCUCCUCUCCAGUGACCCAGAAGGAACUGCUACAAUAAAAUAAUUUCAAAGUGUCA